GUUCGAUUUGCGACCACUGCUGCACUUCUUCUGUGCUCGCCAAAAGGCUCGUCUCGGCGCGCCCCGUCAACGCGACGUCUUCGAAACGCACAGAUCCAGACGGUCCUUGUGUGUGUAGCUGCUCUGGCUCUCUGACGCCGCCGGGCCUGUUCAUGAUUAGUGUGUCAUUGCGCGAUUCCAUGCACGCCUUAUAUAUCCACCGUGCGGCACCAUCCAGGUCAUAGCUUAGGGGUUGUUGGGCUUAUCAAUACCUAUCCGCACAUACGCAAUUCAUCCAUCAGUCUCCCAUCAUUUACAUUGGCCCAGUCCCUUGAACGUCGCUCCGAACCGCCGCAGAAUCCGAUACAAUGGCUGGCAGCAAGAGGAAGCGAGUCCUCCUCGAGGACUUCGAUCCCAAUAAAUCGGAUCCGGAAGAUGAAAACUUCGACCCGGUAGAGGCACGACCCAGCCGCAGCUCCAAGAAAACUCGCCAGUCUAGAAAUGGGAAACCAGGACAAAAGAGGACCCACCGCUAUCGCGGCUCUGACAUUGACGACGACGAAGACGAGUUAUCCGAUAGCGAAGAAGACUCUUUUGCUGAGGGCACUGAAGAAUCGGAUGAAGAAGCGCCCAGGAAUGCGGCUGGGCGGCGGGCCAGGAAAGUGGCAGUCAAACAGCAAAAUUACAAGGAGAGCAGCGAAGAUGACGACGACGACAUCGAGGAAAAAGAAGAGGAAGAGGAUCCCGAUGAGCUAGACGAUGUUCCCCUCAAGCCUACGAAGCGAGAAACUUCAAGGCUGGUCAAGCUUAAGGUUUCUCGUACAGCCUUGGCCCAGACGCGUAAGACUCGAGCAAACACUGAAGAUGCUGAAGAGUUCAUGGAGCUAUCCACUUCGGGCCGGCACGCCGUUCCAUCCCGAGAAUCACAAAGUAGAAGCCCUGAGGUGGCUGCACGAAAUAUCAGGGCCACCCGCGCUGCCAAGGGGGUGAAGAAAGCCCCCGAGCCAAUUUUGGAGGCUUCCCAUGAGAGUAGCUUCCCAGAGAAGGAGGACGCGGAUGAACCCGACGAGCUCUCGCAAUAUUCACCAAAUCGUGAGAAACAGGAAGAAAUUGACUCCGAUAUGCCGGAUGCUGUUAAGGAGGCCAACGAGGAGGAAGAGGCCCAAGCGGACGCUUCAGCCGCAGUGAAGCAGGACGUGGCCGAUGAUGACGACGAUGACGAUGACGUACCUACCACUCGGAGGACCAGAAGCGCUCGAGUUGCUGCUGGGGCUUCUACAGAGGAUGCCGUCGAAACCACCGAGGCCGUUGACGCUGAAGCUGCGGCCGAGGAAGGGUCGGAUGCCGGUGGUGCUCGCCGCUCUCGCCGACUAGCGAGAGGCACCAAGAAAUCCACGCAGGAACCUAGUAGCGAUUUUGAGCCUGGUGAUGAUUCUGAUGACGCCGAAGAGAAGCACGGGAAUCUGGACGAUGUUAUGGACAGCCCAACGCCUCGAGGGAGACAGACCCGGUCCCGCGGCCGUACCUCUCGCCGUCGAAACUCUUCCGCUGACGAGGAGCCCGAUUUCGACUUGGAUGAGCUAAACGAAGAAGCCCGCGAGCUGAGACGCUCAUCUAGGCCGCAUAGAAAGGCCCGGACAGAGUCCCCCAUUGUGUACCAGGAGGGCUCCCGUAAGCGAAAUAAGGUUAACUAUUACAUGCCUCCCUUGACGGCAGCCAACAUCGAAGAAGAAGCAGAGGAUCCUGCACCUACUCCGGCCCGCAAUCGUAGACGAGGCGGCGGCGGUGUUGGCUGGGACAGGAAUCUCAACACCACUUACGGUCCCUUUGGCGGCGGCGGCGAUGUUGGGUCUUUGCUUGGCGGCCCAUGGGGGACCGGUGCCACUGGCGGAGUCGAUUCGGAUAGCAGUGAUGAUGAGAUGACACACAGAUCCACUGCUGCAGGAAAUGUUGGUAUGACGCCGACGUCUGCAGUUCCAGCUGGUGGCCUUGUAUCUGGUGGGCAGGGACAUGGCGUUGAUGCUACACCCAACGUGGGCAAGAUCAAAGACCGCAAAGCGCUUGCCGAUGCUGACCCCCUAGGUGUGGAUUUGAACGUCGACUUCAGCAAAGUCGGCGGUUUACAAGGCCACAUCGAUCAACUCAAGGAGAUGGUUCAGCUUCCUCUGCUCUAUCCUGAACUCUUCACGAGAUUCCAUGUUACGCCGCCUCGCGGUGUCUUGUUCCAUGGUCCACCGGGUACGGGUAAAACGCUGCUCGCUCGUGCUCUAGCCAAUUCGGUUGGCUCUGGUGGCAAGAAGAUCUCUUUCUACAUGCGCAAGGGUGCUGAUGCGCUCAGCAAAUGGGUUGGCGAGGCUGAAAAGCAACUUCGCUUGCUCUUUGAAGAAGCGAGGAAGACCCAACCUAGUAUCAUCUUUUUUGAUGAGAUUGACGGACUUGCGCCGGUCAGAUCGAGCAAGCAAGAACAAAUCCAUGCUUCUAUUGUCUCGACCCUAUUGGCCCUGAUGGAUGGCAUGGAUGGACGUGGACAAGUCAUCGUCAUCGGUGCCACCAACCGACCAGACAACAUUGACCCUGCUCUUCGACGACCCGGACGAUUUGAUAGAGAAUUCUACUUUCCUCUCCCCGAUCUCGAGGGGCGUCGGUCCAUCCUCAACAUCCACACGCAAGACUGGGGCCUGUCGGACGACUUCAUGCGCUCCCUGGCUGAAAACACCAAGGGCUAUGGAGGUGCUGAUUUAAGAGCCCUCUGUACUGAAGCGUCACUCAACGCCAUUCAACGAACAUACCCACAGAUUUACUCCUCUACAGAGAAACUGCUUGUCGAUCCUGCCAAAAUCUCGGUCCAUGCCUCCGAUUUCAUGAUCUCUAUCAAGAAGUUGAUACCUUCGUCGGAGCGUUCUGCGACAUCAGGAGCACGCCCCCUUCCAAACUCUAUUGCGCCUCUCCUCCGUGAACAGUUUGACGAGGCCAAGCGGGCUCUUGAUCUGCUCUUGCCUCGGAGAAAGAAGACGACCGCGUUGGAAGAGGCCAUGUAUGAGCAGUUCGAGGACGAAGAUCACGGAUUUGGACGUGAGACACUGAACCAAGAGUUUGAACGCUCUCGAGUCUUCCGGCCCAGAUUUCUCAUCUCAGGUGCUCAUGGCAUGGGCCAAGGCUACAUCUCGUCUGCAAUCCUCCAUCACUUUGAAGGGAUUCACGUACAGAACUUUGACCUUCCCGCCCUCCUCAAUGACGGACGAGCAAUGGAGCAAGUCAUUGUUGGUCUCUUCACUGAAGUACGGCGCCAUAAGCCGAGUGUGAUCUACAUUCCAAACAUUGACGCCUGGUACACGGUGCUGGCUGGAACGCUGGCGCUAGUCACCUUCCGCACCAUGUUGAGGUCCAUCGCCCCGACGGAUCCCGUACUCCUCUUGGCCACCGCAGAUUGCGAAAAGAAGGAUCUCUCACAAGAGAUGGUUCGCGACUUUUUCGGCUACUCUCGCAAAAACCAAAUGCAGAUAACGAGACCGAACAAGGCCAACCGUAUGGAGUAUUUUUCGAAAACAUUGGAUUAUGUGAAGCUGCAGCCUCGUGCCUUCCCAGAUCUUGACAACCGCAAGAAGAGAGUUCUCGAGGAGCUCCCAGUAGCUCCUCCGGCACCUGUCAAGCCACCAACUAAAGAAGAGGUGAAGGCUCUGAAGAAGAAAGAUCACCAGCUCCUGAACGCUCUCAAGAUUCAACUGCAGCCCAUCAUGGAUCAGAUCAACCGCCGGUACAAAAAGUUCAGACAGCCAGUUCUUCAACAGAACCUGAUUGAGUACUUGUUCCUGGAGGCAGAUCCGAACUAUGUACGACCUGAUUUGGCAGAAGGGGAGAACAGACCCUUUGAAAUUGUCAAGGACAAGCAUGGAAAUGACGUGCUGAUGCACGUCGAGUCUGGCAAGUACUAUUACAAUCUCGAGACCACAACCAUCGAGGAACGCUUGUCGAACGGGUUCUAUGCUCGCCCUAAGGACUUCUUAUUCGACAUCAAGGCUCUUGCAAAGGACGCCAAGAACAUUGGCGACAAGGAGCGCACUCUCAAGGCCAACGAGUUGCUCAGCAAUGUCGAGGUAGAUGUGGCGAGCAUCGAAGCCAGCACAGCCCACAUCGAUUGGGAAGCACUCUACCAGCGCCAGCAGCAGCGAGCCAAAGAGGCAGCAGAGAAGGAGCGAAAGCGAAAAGCCAUGCAGUCUGUAUUGGAACGAGUCCAGUCGGAUCUUGGCGGAGGCAAUGACAGCGAUUCGCAGGGCCCUCUCACCCUUGGAGAACCAGUGCCGGGGGCUCGCACCAUGGCCCGCUUCCAGAUACGAAGCCCCUUAUCCAACGGACAUGGCGAAACUGGCCAAAAUGGGCAUCCGCUUAGCAAUGGUAUUCCCACUCCGAUAAAGGAGGGCGAUGUUCAGAUGAGCGGGACCGACGACGACACCCAGAAUCUGACCCAAUCCCAAACCUCUCCCAUGGCCCCGCCGCCAAGAUCCCAAGAGUUGUCUUCCUCAGCAAAUUUGGCGGCUGGGGCAACACAGGUAUCUCAGCGAGCUGCAGUUACCACCCUGCCUCCUGGGGUAUCACCAUCGGCUGUAAUCAACGAGGCAUCCUCGACUAAGACGUCAGAUCCGUCGACUCAUAGGUCUUCCAACUGGAGCACGCAGAACACAAACGGAAACCAAGAGCACGAUGAUACGUUGCCGGACACGUUGGUAGUUAACCAGAACCAGAGCCAAAUGUUACCGCAUAACCAAAGUAUCUUGUCAUCUUCUAGUGAGAUUUGGCCUCAUACUCAAGCUAGGGGACCGGCUCUCGACGCAGAUAGCUCAUCUGCUUCGCUCAUAAGCCGCCCAUCGCUCGAUUCGCAAACGCACAAGAGCCCGGGAGGUGUGAAGUCGGUGAUAAGCUUGCCGUCUCAUGAUUCAAGCUCGGCGGGGGAUGCGGUUCGCAACUCGGGCUCGUCUUCUCAACCGUUGCAAGUGGAGGGGCAGAUUGAAGAACUUUUGCACAGAGUGGCAGAAUAUACCUCGGGCUGUACAAUUGAGCAACUUGAGCAAGUCAACCGUGAGAUGAUGGACGAGAUAUGGCGAAGCAGACACGAGUGGAACCGAGUCAAGGUGCUCGGGAACGUGUCGAUAGUGUUCAACGAAGUGAUGAGGGACAUUGAAAACAUCCAGGGCAUGGGUCCACUGAGCCAACGAGAAGACGUGGACGUGUAGGAGCGUCUUUGACGAAGGAAGCGAUAAGUUUGUUUCAAUCUUUUGACAUCAUCGCUAGAGCAUUGGAGCGACCAAAAAUAUGUGAAGAGACAUUAUGCAGAAUUGUUUCUUGUAAGAUUGAUUAUGGAUACUGGAUUUGGGUUGGCACAGCGCUUUUUUCUUCUUUCUUCUUUCCCCCCCUUGUCUAAUCUUUCUUUUUUUUCUUUUCUAUUUUUGAUCUUUCCCCUUUUGUGUACGAAGAAAAGAAAAAAAGCAGACAGAUUCUGAGGAAGUCAAAAAGGACUGUUGGCUGAGGAGGGUGGCGGCGCCGACAAAAAAGGGAGUGGCCCCGUGUUUGCCUAAAGCUUUGGAGUUUACAGGAACCUGUGCUUGUUAUAUUUCCUUCUCUUUUUUUCCCUUUGCACCUUUUCUUUUUGAGAUAAGUAAUAGGAGAUACCUUGAGGAAAACUAGAUGUAUAAGCUUAUGGAUACUACAUACAC